GUUUCUCAUCGGUCUCGUGCCAACAAAUUGGCAUCGUAUUUGUUUGUUGGUUUUUCCACUAAGCAAACAGUAUCGACAAGAGAGGCAGGCGUCCGCCCCGUUGGUUUCGAAGCUCAAAGCCUUCCCCUGUCCCUUUCUCUUUUGCAUUGUCAAUAUCUAGAGCCAUACCUCUCUUCAUAUUUCAAGCGCUCUUAAAUAUCCCACAAGCGUUUGCAUUCCCUCGUCUUUUGAUUUUGAUUAGUCUGACCAUUUGCCAGUCCCCAUGAGUGGCUACGACAAUCCUUUCGAUGAGGAUGUGAAUCCCUUUGCGGGUGGAUCAACCAAAGGAAAAUCAUCAGGGCAAUCAAAUAAUGGUGGAGGCAGAUUCUCUAAUAUUGACCUCAAAGCAAAGGAAGCGGAGCUCAAAGCCAGAGAGGCUGAACUGGCUAGGAGGGAACAGGAAAUAAAACGAAAGGAAGAUGCUAUAGCGCGGGCUGGAAUAACUUUAGAGGUAAAAAAUUGGCCAUCUUGCCUCCCUAUCAUUCAUCACGACAUCGCAAAUGAUAUACCAAUACAUCUUCAGAGGAUGCAGUAUGUUGCAUUUGCAACACUUUUAGGUUUGGUUUUAUGCCUUCUGUGGAACCUCUUCACAAUGCUUGUGGGCUGUUUCAAUGGCCAAGGUCCUGCAAUAUUGUUCCUCGCUAUCAUCUACGUCAUUUGUGGCGUUCCAGGAGCCUACGUAUUAUGGUAUCGCCCUCUUUAUCGUGCCAUGAGGACGGACAGUGCUCUGAAGUUUGGCUGGUUUUUCCUAAGUUACAUGGUCCACAUCUGUUUCUGCAUUUACGCUUCAGUUGCUCCUCCAUUUGUCCUUGCAGGACAUUCUCUCACGUAA